AUGGGAAUCAAGGGUUAUCAGCCCAUCGCGAAUCUCCCCGGCACGGCGACAUCGUUGGACGAAGAGUCGCUCGCUGCAGCGGUGGAAGCGGCGGCCAAUGAGAAGAAGCCACGUCAUAUCAGGCAGCUGGAACAAGAGCGGCUGAGCGUGGAGGAACUGAGCGAGCUGGAGAGGAUGCGGGCCAACGGGAGCCUGCCGUUGACCGAUGAGGUGGUGGCGGCGCUUGACAGGGAGACGGGUCGUCGCAGUGGCGAAGAAGGCGCCGGGGGAGAAGGGGAAGAGAAGGAGCAGCAUUCGAUUCAGUAUGCGAAGCAUGAGCUGAAGGCGAGGCUUCUGAAACAAAAGCCGAUUCGCAGCUGGAUCAGACAGCACUCGGCAUUCUUUAAGGCGCGCGACGGCAAGGAGCAAGGGAGGGGCAGCAGCGGGUUCAUCGACCGACUGGAGCUCGACGGCUCGCCGGUGGCCCCGCCUCUGUCCGAAGGCUCUUUCAUCGUUGGCAGCGGCGGGUUCAAUCUGCUGCUGGCGGAGACACGGAGCUGCAAGGGGAAGAACGAGGACGAGUUUCAUCUCACAAUCGACGGCCUGGUGGACAUGGGCAUCUCAGCGCGUUUGGCGCAUCCGCUCAUGCAGACGGCUACGGAGGCCCAGGCACAUUUCAACGUGCAUAUCGCCCGGCUCAAUGUGAGACCUUCUGAUUGUUCUCGCUCUCCGGUGGUUGUGCUGUGCCUGGCCGGUUCUGCCAUUAUAACCGUCCUGGUAUGGUACCCAUUUUGUCAUUUUGUCCCAUGCAACGUCUUCCCUUCACCCAUCUCCCCAUCUCCCCCUUCCUGUCGUUCCCUCUUUCCCUCCCUUGUGCAGCACACGAGUGGCAUUCACGGUGUGCUGGGUCAGACCUUCCGAGCCGAGGAAUCCCGCAAGGUGCGCUCGCUGCGGUACCGCCUGCUGACCCGCCUGCUGCGCGAGCCGGUGGAGGUGGAGAGUGAGAGUGGCAGGGGAUUCCUGGAUGGGCGCACGGAGGACUAUACCACCUCGGAUAUUCACUCCGCGGAUUGCAUGUAUGCUGCUGCGUGGCGCAGGGGGGAACACGAGAGCAGCGACGGAAGCGAUUUCAUGUGA